UUCAGUUAAGUCUACAUGAAAAACAGAAACAGAAAACAUGAAUGUGAUCGCUUCUAGAAAUCCAACAAAGCUAAACUUUUCGUAACAUCAUAUUCAGUUUAAGCUGAUUAUAGGAUUAUUUGCACAGGUGGGUCAAUAUUUCCUUAUUUUCAGUGAGCUGUGCUGUAAUUACCGCCUGACUUGAACGAGGUCAGAUUUUCAUUCGUUAUAUCAUCUGUUACCUGCACAACAUCAAAUUCUUCUUGCCAUGUUUGUGAGUCAUUUCCUUAAGAGGUUUAAUUGUAGUUGGACUUCCUGCAUGGGGAAGUGUGUCCUUUUACCUUUCACUGAAUGUGAUAUGACUGAUGUUGUGAAAUUGUGGAAUCUGCUAGCCUUUUUAAUUGUAUUUUCAUUAUAAAGAACUGUUGUAGAAGCUUCCAGCAUUUGUUAUUAUCCUCUACUCAGUGUUGUCUGCUAGUGCUGAAGGAGAAGUAACAUGUUUAAGGAAAUGCUCAGUUCCAUAAUCAGCAUUGUUUUCUUUUCUUCUUUUUUAUUUUUGUCUCAAAAAUAUCUUGACAAUAUGGCAUUGGGAAAGCUAAAUUAGAGCGGUUUGUUAUGGAGGACGAGCUAGAACCACAUGACACCAAGGCAGUGGAUGUUAAAGAAGAAGUGUCUUCAGCUCCUGAAGAUUCCUCACCUCAGCAGGAGAAGUCAUCAAAUAAUGCUGAAGAGCCAGAUGUGGGUUUUAGUGCCUCCUGUCUGACCACAGCUGAACUGCAGCAGCACUGGAGAGCCGUUAAGCAAGAGUUCAGAAGCGUUAAACUUCUGUUUGACAUUCCCACCACGCGAAUCAUCGAUCAGAAAAUCACCAAAUAUGUGGUGUACCAGGUUGUGGUGAUCCGCUCAGGUAGUUACGACUGUGAGCGAGUAGCUAUCGAGCGACGCUACUCAGACUUCCUCCACCUUCAUCAGGAGCUCCUGCUGGACUUCAGCGAGGAAAUGGAGGACAUUGUGAUGCCCAGAAAGAAAAUGACAGGCAACUUCUCAGAUGAGAACAUCGCUGAGCGGCGCGUGGCCCUCAGGGACUAUCUUACUCAGCUCAACUCCCUCCGUUGUGUCCGAAAAUCACAGGCGUUUCUAGCAUUCUUCACUCAUAAGGAAUUAAAAACUUCAUAUGACCUCCUGCGUGGGGGCCGCUUUUCCAGGGCCCUUGAGGGCUUCCAGAAAGUGUUGGUACUUCAGGAAAAACUCUCUUCUCACAACCCUACUUUGGUGGUACCAACCUUGUGUGCCAUACUGGUGUGCCAAAGGGAUCUAGAAGACUUUGACGCAGCAUUUCAAACUGGCAGAAGAGCUCUGCCCACAGUGAGACGAUACGAGCUUCGGCAGUAUCAAGGGCCCCUGCUGGAGGCUCUUGUUGAUUUGGGCUACAGUCUUGGGAUGCCUGUGGCCCAGUUACAGGAUGAGCUGACCAGAGUGCAAGACUCUCCAAAUGGGCAGGUGUCAGAGAUGUCCCUUAAAGAACUGGUGGUGCAAGAGUUUGUAUAAUCAGAAACAACUGCAAUGUCGUUGUGUUUACUAUAAUCAUUAUUUGAUUAAUUCCCUAAUCCAAAAUAUUCAACUUCAGAGAGUUAACAGAAUAAUGAUUCUCACCUGUGAAAGAAAAUUCCAAAAAAUGUACAUUGUAGAGGCCAGAAUUUCAUUGAGACAUCUGGCGCUUUUCCACUGCAUGGUACGGCUUGACUCGGCUCGGUUCACGUUUCCACUGCAGUUUAGUACCACUUUAGAGUGGGCGGGAUUAUUUGCAUGUCGUUAUGGUUGCGCCUCAUCUACUGCCGCGACACCUGAAAAAGUUUUUCAUUCCAUGUUGCUCUAUCAAGCUCUCACUGGAUCUGCUCCUUGGCUAUCAACGAGAGGAACGUCUGUACUUCCUCAACAGACCAUGAAACAGCCAUUUUUUGGUUGUUAAACAAGGUGCGCUCAUUCAAAACAGCUGUGGUCGAACCUUCACUGGCUGUGCUGAUUUAAAUCUAGCAGGGUAUGUUGUGUUUGUAUCGCAAGUUCAGUGAUACAGGUAGUGACGAUUCUCUCCGGCCAAUCAGUGAUCAGCAGAGCUUACACAUCACAUUUUGGUAAUGGUACGGUUCACUUGGAACCUCAGCCGAGGUGGUACUAAAAAAGUACCACGUACCAGGUACUGUACCAGUGGAAAACCCCUCAAAAGUGAGCCGUACCAUGCCGUGGAAAAGCGCCAUUAGUGAGGACUGUCAUGACUUGGACCAAUAAGAAACCUCCUAUCACCCAGAAAAAAAACACAUAGCAACAUGUCUCAUCCACACAUCAGUACCUGAACACUGUAGACGUGAGGAAAGCCUGCUUUGACUUGGGAGAAUGUGAUUGUUCAACUGUUCAACUGUAUUUAUGUUUUCAUGAGCCAUAGUUCUUUUAUCUCAUAUUUCUGUUUGGAUUUAAUUUUUUCUCUGCACAUAUUUUACAUUCAUCUUGGAUAAUUGUCCAACUGUGAAAUUAAAUGUCACUCUUGCAAGUUA